AUGUCUAGUACAGUGAGUUCAGAUCUGGAUGCAAUUUUCCAAUUCGUACAGGAAGCAGAGGGAAAGUUUGCACAAGAUUUGUGUGAAGUGAAACAAUCACCUUUAGGUGGUCAAGGUGUCUUUGCAAAGCAAGACAUUCCAAAGGGUACCACAUUGUUGCAGUUACAAAAAAAUAGUAUAUUUUCGGCUUCUAAUAGUACCAUUGCAAACUUAUUAAAUGAUGAAGAAAUUGAUGGGAUUCUUGCAUUAAAUAUUGCGUUCAUAUACGAAACUAGCGUAUUUAAGGAUAAGAGUCAUUGGUAUCCUUAUUUAAAGAGUAUCAAGAUCCAGGAUGAGAAGACUGAUGAAGUCAACUUGCCACCUGCUUAUUGGAAUGAACAGGAUAAAGAAUUGUUACGUGGCACUACGUUAGACACUUUAUUCGAUGCACUAACACCUCAGGAGGAAGUUCAAAGAGGGUUCGAGAUUGCUAUUGAUUUAGCUGAGAAAUGGAACGAAGAGUUUGGUCUCGAGAUCCCGAAGGGUUACCUGGAUGUUGACAUUCAAGAUGACGAAGAUAUAAGGACAAAAUUUAAUAAAUUUGUUGCAGUUGCAUAUGCUAUCUCUGCUAGAGUAUUUGAAAUUGAUGCCUUCCAUGAAAGUGCAUUAGUACCCAUCGCUGAUUUGUUCAAUCAUCAUGUUGUCACACCUGACUUAAAAUUUAUAAGUUUAUUUGAUGUGUGUGAUCUAUGUGGGGAACCUGGCAUGUGUAAACAUAUGCUAGCAGAAGAAAUUGAAGAAGCAAAAGAAUUAGAGAAAGAACAAUCCUAUAAGGAUAAGAUUGAAAAAGGUCAAAAAAAUUCCAAUGAAAGAUCGACAAAUAUUGAUGAAUCAAUAAUUGCUAAAUUGGAAAAAGAUCUUCAAAAAGAUCUUCAAGAACAAAUUAAUGAAAAGGAAGAAGAAGCUAAGAAAGAGAAAAAAUUGGAUCCGGAUGAAUGUGUUGAUAUGACCACCACAAGAGAUCUAACUGCUGGCGAUGAGAUUUUCAAUUCAUACGGUGAAUUAUCUAAUGUCUUCCUAUUGACUAGGUACGGUUUUACAAUUCCUAAGAAUCCAUAUGAUGUAGUACAUUUAGGAUCUAGAAUUCUAGACUUAGUCAGAAAUGAUAAUGAUUUGAAAGAACGUGCACUAUGGUGGUCAGAGACGGGAUAUGACAGAUAUGUUAGUUGGUUCAACGAGCAAUUCCCUGAAGAACAUGACCAUGAGCAUAACGAAAACUGUGACCAUGAUCAUGAUCACGAAGGACAUGAGGAUGAAAAUGACGAUGAGAUGGAAGUAGAAGAUGAGGGAGAAGAAGAAGAAGAAGAAGAAGAAGAAGAAGAAGAAGAAGAAGAAGAAGAAGAAGAAGAAGAAGAAGAAGAAGAAGAAGAAGAAGAAGAAGAGCAAGAAGAAGAUAAACCAUGGUUAUCAGACCUAGAAAUUGAUUAUCACGGCGAACCAACACCUGCUCUUUUGGCUGCAUGCAAUUUAUUCAGCAUGGGGUCUGAUCAAUUUUCGGAGUUUUCUGCAAAAGUCGAUGAAGAGCCUGAACAAAUGGAGGUUCUACUUGCGCUAGACAAUUCCAAAACGAAUGCUCUAUUUAAGAAACUUGCAAAACAAUAUCGCGAAGGUCUACAAGAUUUAUCCAAUAUGGAAGCUUCAAAUAUAGUCAGCGAACAAAAAGAGUGUGUAAAAGCCCUUAUUGAGGCCGAACAUACCAUACUGGAAAAGUUUACCUCUAAUUUAAACGAAGAUAAAUAA